CAAUGAGCUCCAACCCUUUGCAAAUCGUUGACUUCAAGCAGCGCGACGAGCACAAGAUUGCCUCUGAGCUCCUCGAUGCUGCCAUGAAUCAGGGCUUUUUGUUCAUUGAUGGCCACGACUUCUCUCAGGACGAGGUCUCUCAUCUCUUUCUCAUCUCCAAACACUUUUUCGAUUUGCUGCUUGCAGAAAAAACACAAAUCCCUAUCGAUGAACAAAAUUUUGGCUACUCAGACCUCUUUGGUGAGUUGUUGGACGAAAAAUCAAACAACAAAAGGGGUGAUCCCAAGGAAGCCUUCAAUUUUGCAAAUUUGAAUUUCGAAUCUGGUCUUCCCAGCCAUGAUUUACCAGAUUUUUUCACAAAUGAUAACGACAAGAUGGUUUUCAUUUCAAACAUAAUUAAAAAACUUUACAAUGUUAGCAUCAAGAUAUUAUACUAUUUAGCUCUUGCUUUAAAUAUCGAUGAUUCAAAAGGUGGCAAAAAUUGGUUUAUUGAUCGUCAUCGACCAGAUAAGAAAUCUGGCUCUGUCUUUCGAUUUCUAAAAUACCCCAGCUUGAAGUCCAUUGAUUCGGAAAAUUUGGUUAGAGCAGGUGCUCACACCGACUAUGGUGGAUUGACUUUAUUGUUCCAACAGGAAAAUCAAGAAGGCUUGCAGAUAUUUUUCUCAUCUUCAAAAAAAUGGGAGAGUGUUCCAUACAUCGACUCCAUUUACAAAAAUAAAUCCUCGGCUCCGCCAAUCAUCGUUAACAUUGCCGACCAACUCUCUUACUGGACCAAUGGCAUCUUAAAAUCAACCAUCCACAGAGUCCAAUUCCCCAUUAAAAGCAUCGAACAAAACAAGGAUCGUUAUUCCAUUGUUUUUUUCAGCCAUCCUGAAGAUGAAACUGCAUUGGUUCCAAUUCCAAGCGAUUUUGUAAAUCAAGUCAAAAACAGAGGUGCUUCAAACUCAAAGGAAGUUCUCACUGCCAAACAACACUUGGAUAGACGUUUGGCUGCCACUUAUGGCUGGAAGACUUACUAG